UCUGCUUAGGUCUGAUUAACCUGAGCCACAUACUUCCUCUGUAACCCUCUGCAUGCUUGUCUACAAGGACCUCUGCCACAUCCAAGUUCAUACUGCUCAGAAACAGUGAGCUUGGGGUGUUCCUUUUAUCUUGAUCUCCCUUUGACAAAGAAAUCCAGAUGACACAGAACCCUCUGAAGACAACACCUGAAAAAUGGCAGUCUUGGAAAUAACUUUGGCUGUCAUCCUGACUCUACUGGGACUUGUUAUUCUGGCUAUUUUAUUAACAAGAUGGACACGACGCAAACAAAAUGAAAUUGAUGUCUCAAGAUACAGUUCAGAACAAAGUGCUGGUCUUCUGGACUAUGAAGAUGGUAGAGAUUUUCCCUCUCAGAGAUCUAAAAGAGGAAGAGGAUUCCGACAUUUAUAUUCAACAGAAAGUGACACUUCAUAUGAUGAUCGAGCACUGUCUCAAUCAAGUAUUGCUUUGGUGCAAGGAUCCAUGAGUAAUACAAAAGCCUUCAAAGCAACUUCAGAACCUUUAUCAGGCAGUGCAGGACCCAUAACUGGAGCCAUUGGACCCAUAAUGCAAUUCACAGCACCAAUUCCUGGCGGUACAGGACCUAUCAAGCUGUCUCAAAAAACCAUUGUGCAAACUCCAGGACCUAUUGUGCAAUAUACUGGGCCCAAUGUGGAAACUUCAGAAAUGACCACUACAGAAUCCUCUUUGGAAUCAACUCCUCACACAAACAAGGGAGCAGUUCCACCUGCCCUCACUGGUCCACCACCUUCAGUGCACAGUGGUUUGCCCUUGGCACCAAUAAUGAUUUCACAAAGAACCUCAAGUAAGUUCUUUACUUCUCAGCCUGUCAAAUAUGAGACCUUUUCUGAGCACAGAUAUUAUAUUUUUAAAUGUGUUUCUGUUUCAUCAGACAACCACACUAAUUUGUUUGUUUGUCUUUUUUUUAUUAAAGCAAGACCUGAGAAAUCUAAGAAAAGAGAAGAAUACCCAAUUACUCCAAUACCUAUUGUAAUUGGUCCAGUAUCAGCUGUGGACAGUUCUGGAAAAAUCACACUAACUCCUAUGGUUAUAUUUCCAGGUUACACGGAUGCACAAGUUGCAAAAAAAUCAGAUUUCAAGGCCCAGAUUCUAAAAAAUGAAGGCACUACAAAGACUGAGAACAUCCAAGAAGAAAACAAGAAAACAUUAAAGAAGAAAAUCUUAUUUACAGAUUCUGAUGAAUCCUUGACCUUAACGCACAAAACAGAGUCAAAAAGCAAAGCAAAAGGCAUUGAGUUGGAGGACGGUGAGAUAGGUAUGGAGGUUGAGAAAAAGGAAAGUGACAAUAGGAUGCUGGGAGAAGAAGACCAAAUAAAGGGGCGUGACAUAGGAAUACCAAUAGGAGAAGAAGCCCAAGUAAAGAGAAGUGAAUCCAGAAUACCACAAGAACAGGAAGCCCAAGUAAAGAUGAAUGACACUGGGAUACCACAGGGACAGGGGUUUCAAAUAAAGCAGAGUGAGUUAAGAACACAAGAAGGACAGGGGUCUCAAGUAGAGAAGAGUGAGUCUGAAAUACCACAAACACAGGGCUCCCAAAUAGAUAAGAGUGACACCAGAAUACCACAAAGACAGGAGUCCCAAGUAAAGAAGAGUGAGUCUAGAAUGCCACAAGCACAAGGGUCCCAAGUAAAAAAAGAGAGUUCUGAGAAUAAAGGAAAGCAGGACAAAGACAAAGGAGAUGCAAGGAAGAAGAAAGAUACAGGAGAAAAUGAUACUAUGAAGAAAAGUGAUGAAGGAAAGCACAAAGUUAAAGGAAAGAAAGAAUUAGAAGUCAAGGGUAAAAAAACAGAAGGUUCAGCAAGGGGCAAAGUCAACUGACUAUUAUGAUUCCCAUCCUCCAAAUACAAGUCAUAACCCAGUUAUUGCCUAAAUGGAUCAUAAUUACAGAAUCCCUUUAAUUUAUACAUCCACAGAGUGUCUACUGUAGUUCUUUCACCAUUUUUAGUCCUCUCAGCCACAAAUCUCAGCUUCCAAUUGUUUGUUUUCUAAGUUGAUAAUUAUGACUUAAUCA